AUGUCAAUGGAUUCUGAUCGAGAAUCCCUUCAUCAAUUGCUAUUUACAAAUAAUUCAUAUGUAAAUCCUUAUUAUGAGCAUAAAAACACCAACAUCAAACUACGACUUAUUAUUGUUUCUAUUAUCAUGUUAUUUUUCUUAUUACUUUCGUCAACAGCUUAUAUUUUGGUUCAAACAGCACCAAUUGAUCAAACAGAUUCUACAGUAACAUUUACUACUGACAAAUUACCUUCGAAUGGUUCUGCACUUGAUUACCGUAUUUUACCAUAUAUUGGCAAUGGUCAUUUAGCUACCGUUGUAUUUAGUGAUUUUAUUUAUAUGAAUGGUCUUUACAAUGGUGACAAUGGUACUAGUCAUCGUGCACGUAUUCCAAGUACACUCAAUUGGCAAUUUAAUAUUGAUCCGUCAUCAUCCACAUAUACUUUAAAUGUUUCAUCAGGAGUUUUCAUGGAAACACUUGAAAAUGAUGAAAUUCGAAUUGAACGACGUCUUUUUGCUUCACAAGAAUAUACUGAACUAUUAAUUGCUCAUGUGGUACUUACUCGAUUACAAUCUAAAGGAAAGAAAAUUCGUAUACCUAUUGAUGUUAACGAACAAGUAACAAGUAUUGAUAUUGAUUUUACAGUUACCAAUCGUAAUAAACAACAUGUUCUAUUAUCUGGUAAAACACGUCAAGUAGAAAAUAAUCAAUUUCAACAAGAGCCAUUAUCCGUAUUUGUCUAUUACACACCAUUACCUGCAGAAGGAUUAGAACUUAAUGGAGAUGAAACAACGCGAACAUAUCUUUUUGUUACUUCAAUUGAUGAAAAAAAAUCAAGAGCUAAAAAUAGUUUUGAUUAUGCAACGACAAGACGACGACCAGAUGUAAUAUUAUCAUCGCAUAUAACACGAUGGAAUGAUGUUUGGUCUAAUGGACAUAUUGGCGUGGAUGGAGAUGAUGAAUUACAACGACAAAUCAAUUCUGCUUUUUAUUAUACUCUUAGUUCUUUACCACCAUUAUCUACUCGAAGUGAACAUAAACAAUUCUAUGGUUUAAGUCCUGGUAGUCUUUCACGAGGUGGUAGUUUAGGUGAAGAUUAUGGUGGUCAUUCAUUUUGGGAUACAGAAACAUGGAUGUAUCCACCCGUUCUUAUUUUCUAUCCAACAUUAGCAAAAGAAAUAUUAUCAUAUCGAAUUGCUUUACGUGAUUCUGCAAUUGAUAAUGCUCAUCUAUUUGGUUAUGAAGGAUGGAGAUUCCCUUGGGAAAGUGCUAGAACUGGUGUUGAUGUUACACCUGAUUGUUGUCCUGAAGUUCGCCUCUAUCAAAUGCAUAUUACAGGUGAUAUUGCCUUUGCAGCAAGACAAUAUAUUGCAGCGACAGGCAAUCGAGAUUGGCUAUUAAAUGAACUUGGCGGGGAACUUAUCUAUGAAACAGCACGAUUUUGGGGUUCAAGAGCAGUAUAUAAUAAUGAAAAAAAACAAUACGAAAUAUUGACUGUUUUACCACCAGAUGAAGAUGCUCAACCAUAUAAAAAUAAUUCUGUAUUUACUAAUGCAGUAGCAUCACUUUCUAUUCGUUUAGCUGAUCAUGUUAGUUGUAUUACAAAUAAGAAAAUACCUCAAAAUUGGCUUGAUAUUGCUUCUAAUUUACAUUUUCCAUUUGAUAAUACAACACAAAAUCAUCUUGAAUAUGAAGAUUUUGAUUUAAAAAAUUCGACUAUUAAACAAGCAGAUGUUGUUCUUCUCGGAUUUCCACUUAUGUGGCCAAUGACUGAUCAAGUAAGACGAAAUGAUUUACUAGCAUAUGAACCUUUAACUCGUGCGGAUGGUCCAGCUAUGACUUGGUCUAUGCAUUCAAUUGGAUUUAUUGAAUUAGGAGAUUUCGAUAAAGCUCAACAACUUUUUGAACGUUCUUAUCAAACUUAUGUUCGACCGCCAUUCAACGUAUGGACUGAAGCUCAAUCAGGUGUUGGUGCAGUUAAUUUUAUAACAGGAGCUGGAGGUUUCUUACAAUCUGUUAUAUUUGGUUAUGGUGGUAUUCGUUUAACAUUAGAUCAAAUCGAAUUCAAACCCCGUGGUCAUUUACCAAAUCAAGCUAAAAAACUUAUUUUUCAUGGUAUUAAAUAUCAAGGAUAUGCACUUGAUUUAACAAUUGGUGAUAAAAUGUAUGAAGUUAUUGUAAGUGCAAAGGAGAAUAGACGUGCUGUUUCACUUGCAUAUGAACAUGAUAAAGAGCAAGGCUCACUCAAACUUGGUGAUCAUCUCACAUUUCCAAUUGAUACUCGCUUAAUUAUUCGUCGAUCAGAAGCUCUUUGUCCUUAA